AUGGCUCCCGCCGCUAUUGAAGAGAACCAGAACCAGCAACGUCCGGCUGAGACGUCUAUUGAUUACAGCAAGACUGAAUAUAAAUAUUCUCGCUACCUCCCUUACUUCACUCCAGGCCUACAGCCACCGCUCAAAGAAUUCAAGCAUGAAGACCCCGGUCUGCGCGCAGAUCCGUCAUACAAAGCUCUCAUCAGCGACGGAGUGACAGCCGUCGAGAUAACGCCUAACAUAGGCACAGAGCUGCAUGGUAUCCAGUUGAGUUCACUCAACUCUGCCCAGCGAGAUGAAUUGGCUCUUCUCGCCGCAGAGCGCGGUGUCGUACUCUUUCGAGACCAGGAUUUCGCGGAUAUAGCGCCUGAGAGGCAGCGGGAGUUUGGUGCGCAUUUUGGUCCCCUCCAUGUGCACCAGAUGGGUGGUCAUAUCAAGGAUUUUCCCGAGAUCUUGCCGGUUUAUAGGGACUUUGUGAGCGGAGCGCGCGACAAUGAGAUCUCAAACAACGUCAGCAGUAUCAAGUGGCAUUCUGAUAUGAGUUACGAGGUUAACGGAAUGGGAACAACCAUCUUCUAUCCCCUGGAAGUGCCCGCCUCCGGUGGUGACACCCUAUACCUGUCAACUACGGCUGCGUACGAGCAUCUCUCAGAGGACUUCCGCCGCCGUCUGGUUGGAUUGCAAGCAACGCAUUCUGGAUUCUCGCAGGCGUCUGUGCAUGACCAUCGAGAUCGGUAUAUCCGUGACCCGAUUGAGACUGUGCACCCCAUCGUCCGCACGCAUCCGGUGACGAAAAAGAAGAGUCUCUACAUAAAUCGGUUGUAUACCCGGAAGAUUGUCGGAUGGAAAGAAGAAGAAAGCCAAACAAUCCUCAACUUCCUCUACGAUCACAUCGAGAAAGGCCAGGAUUGGCAUAUCCGCAUCCACUGGACACCUGGGACGGUCCUGGUGUACGAUAACCGCAUUACGCAGCAGUAA